AUGGUUCAAGAACUUCGAUGCUUUAUUUUGUCACCGAAUUUGUUACAUAUUUCUGUGAUCCCCUUUUUCCAGGCAAAGCCUCUUCUUGGAGGGAAGAAGUACGCCCAACUGGUGGAUACUAAAAUCAGCAGCUCCUACAAAGAAGACCAACUUAAAUGGUUGGUCCAAGUAACAGAACAAUGUCUCAGAAAGAAUCCCAAGGAAAGAUCAAGCAUGAAUGUGGUUGUCUCCGCAUUACAAGGCAUUGAAGAUACUGAUGAUUUAUGUGCAGUUGAAGACUCUUCUGCAGAAAAAUCAUCUAUACAGCUGUCUGUUCCUGAUAUGACCUGCUCACAAGGUCUCAGAAAUGCGUAUAAGCAGAAUCCGGAUGAAGAACAGAUCAGCAAUAUUCACAUGAUGUAUCACAUGAAAGAUGAUCAGAUAAGCCAGGACCAGAACUGUACAGAAGGAAGCCUCCAAAUAGAAAAGAGGGGCACAAGACUCACAACUUUGAGUAACCAAAUUGCAAGAGAAAAUAACGAUGAAGAACAAACUCAGUGUAGCUUUUGCGGAGAUUCAUUGGAUAAUUGCAAAGUCAAAGUCACGUUAAAGGAUUCCAAAUCUUCUGUAUGCUCUGUCUGCAAAAGUAAACGUCCUCAUUUUGGGUGGCAAAAGGAUUUCUCUUAUGAUGAACUCCAUAUGGCUACUGAUGGGUUUUCAAUUAAGAACUCUCUAACUGAAGGUGUAUAUGGACCUUCGUUCAGAGGCCAGCUGAAGUGCAAUCUGAAAAUAGUUAUCAAGCAACUUCAAAUGACAAGCUCUCAGGAAGAGAAGAUAUUUAAGUCAGAAGUUCAGUUCCUCUUUAACGCUAGACAUGAAAAUGUGGUCAUGUUGUUGGGUUCAUGCAUAGAUAAAACUAGAUUGCUGAUUGUAUACGACUAUGCAUGCAAUGGUUCGCUUGACCAGCAUUUAUCAGGACAAAGUUGCAGAUCACUGACAUGGAGAGAGAGGGUGAAAAUAGCAAUAGGUUUAUCCAGAGGUCUAAAGUAUUUGCAUGAGAAGAAUACAAUUCAUGGAAGUAUAAAACCAAGUAACAUUCUUCUAACUCAUGAUUUUGAAGCGCUGGUAGGAGAUUUUGGAUUUGGAAAAUCCAAAAAUGAAUUGAAGAAUUGGAGCAAGAAGAAAAUGGUUGAGAAUACUGGAUACGAGGCUCCAGAACUUUUGGAGAGUGGAAAAUUCUCAACUAAGGCAGAUGUGUACUCUCUUGGUGUGGUUCUUUUAGAGCUGAUCACCGGGCACAGGGUUAUGGAUAAAGUUUCAGGGAAGAAAAGUCUUAUUGACUGGGCAAAGCCACUUCUCAGAGGAAGGACUUACCCACAAUUGGUGGAUCCAAAAAUCGGCAGCUCCUACGAUGAUCAAGAGCUUUUUUCAUUGGUCCAAGUUAUCUCUGCAUUGCCAUGCAUAGUUGAGAACAAACCUCCUUUAACUGAGGACCCCUUGAUAGAAAAGCCACACUUCAAACGCCCUUUGAAAGAUGAAUCUGGCUCACAAGAUCUCAGAGUAUCACCACAUGCAGCUAAUUCAGAGGUAUUUAAUCAGUGA